AAAAACACCCAAUCAUUACACACGCACCCUUUGCCAACAUGAAGGCGGAUAGGGGAGCCCCUGCCAUUGAAAUACAAGAAUAAAACUUGUAAAUUCAAGAGGUAGCGAAUCCCCAUAGCCUACGAAAAUAGAUGCGACACCGAAUUAAUAUUUUGGGUGAGGCAACUCUUUUACUGCAAUGUGCAAUAGCGUUCCAGGAUCUUUGAAUGUGGGGAUGGCUUAUGCAGGCCUCGGGCCCAGGCAUAGAUCCUAGCUAGCUUAUGCGUUAGCAUAACUAUCCAAAGUUCCUUUUCAUUCGCUAGUUAACUAGCUAGCUACCAAACUGCGUUUUCAGAUACGAUCUCUGGCAAAAAUAUGCAUAAAUGACUAGUUAACUAACGUGUUAGUAACUAGUCAGCAGCAAUAUGCUAAUGUUGUUAACUCUUCAUCAGCGCCUGACCUGGGUGUAUUCAUUUAAGGCGAUUCUGUUGCAAAACAUUUCUUAAACGGAAGCAAAUGGAACGAAAUGGGGAGGGACCUACCUGAAUGUGUCCAAUAAAAACUCUCGUUUUAGUUGCAAAAUUGAACGUUUUGCAACUGUUUCGACUAAUGGACCCCAGAUCAGUGUGUAGUAUGUAAAAAGAUUAACAAAAUCCCCAAUGUUUCUUUGCAUCAAUUUGCUACAAUAGUUUCAAAUGGAAAUGUCAACCAGGCUGUUGUGUUUGACAAACAAACGUUGAAUUGUUUUGUUUGUUGUUUAUAGUGAAGUGCUGUAUGUACCAAUGCAGGUUUACAAUAUAUUCUUCUACCAUUGCAGCCCUGCAGAAUGUCCAAGAUAAGGCGGAGGGUAACAGUGGAGAAUUCUAAAACCAUAUCUGACAGUAGCAGUAGCCAGACCACCACCACUCCGUCUCGCCGGCCCAGCGUGUUUGAAAGACUCGGCCCCAGCACUGGUAGUAAUGCUGUCGAGGUGUGUAACUCUACACCUGCAUCUAACCCACUGACAGAUACAACACAUGCAUGUCCAGAGAAGGUAGAGAAAGAACAUCUUUGAAUUUGGAUUCAUCAGAGCUAAACCCUAUUUCUGCCUCAUGAAAUGACACUUUCUUGCUUUCUUCCUUUCAGACUAAUUGUAGAAAUUGGUUGAAGACUGGGAAUUGCAGUUACGGCAACACUUGUCGCUACACACAUGGAACUCAGCCACGAGGCAAAGGAUUUAGUGGAUCUUUUAGCAGGUUAGAUGGCCUUGGAGAAUUGCCUGUGACCCGUGUAUGCAGGAAACUGAAAAAUAUAAAUUUUAUGCAAGUGGGCAACACUGUCAGAAAGUCCCAAUAUUCUCUCAUAGCUGUUUCUUGUUGUAUUUGAUAAGCCAGUGGUCUUAUGCUGAACCAAUGCCUCAGAUUACCAUAUGUUUGUGUGUGAACAGGUCAGCGGAGAGACCAACUGGCGAUCUGCGAGAGAGGAUGAAGAAUAAGAGGCAGGAUGUUGAAUCAGAUGCUACAAAGAGAGACCCAGAAGAGCCUACGUCCCCCACAGCCAGAGUGAGUUACUCUCCACACACAAACACACACAACAUGCUUUCAUGACCUGUUUUCUUUUGUUCUUUAGGACAUAGUGAAAAAGCAUUUGAAUAGUUAGAUAUUAGACCAACAGGUAUGGGAGUCUUACAUGUAAACCUGCUUGUCUGUGUGUUGUGCAGCAGCGAGACUCGUCCCGAGGCCACAGGGAGAAGGAAGAUAUAAAGAUCACUAAAGAGAGAACCCCUACCAGCGAAGAAGAGACCACUGAGUGGGAAGCCAACCGCGAAGGUGAGGUUUGAAAGCAGGGCCAUGUUCAAUAGGCACGAAAAGAAAGAAAAUGUGCCCUUAUUAACAUAAGAAAGUAGAACUAAUGAAUCCCAAACCGUUUUUCACUCUAUUGGGAAAGCUUGUUUGUAUUGCGUAUUCUAACCUUAAGGAAUGUGUUGCAUUAGACUCCGAUAACGGCGACUACGACUACGAAUUAUCCCUAGAGAUGAAGAGACAGAAGAUCCAGCGGGAGCUCAUGAAAUUGGAGCAAGAGAAUAUGGAGAAAAGAGAGGAGAUUGUUAUCAAGAAGGAGGUACCGGUAUGCAUGUAUCUACUGUAGCUAUAUCUACUAUAGUUCAUAUAGCCUUGCAUGAUUUAAGACUGAGGUUGAUCUGUUUUCUAACCUUCUACACUUACAAUAUCUCACUAGGAACCAACCACCAAAACUAGGACCACAAUCAUAUCCAAGGUAAGAAGAGAUACCUACCUAACCUCCUUGUCAUUCAGGAGCCAUCCAUAUCAACACUCAUAUCUAGUUUAGACGUAUCUCCUUCCAGUGUCCAUGCUAACCAAUUCCGCCUUCUUUAUUCCACAUUCUAAUUCCAGACAUCCCCGGAGCGUUCCAGCUCUAAAGGUUCCCCCUCCUCCAGGAAGUCCAGUGGAUCUCCCAAACACGCUAAAGGACCCAAAUCUUCCGGUUCUAGGAAGAAGGAGAAGAAGACCUCUGUGUCGUCCUCUGUGUCCGACCCGGCCACGGCCAGAUCUUCCAAGGGGAGCCACGGGAAGAAGAAAGGUCCCCGCACCCCCAGCCCCCCUCCUCCGGUGCCUCCUCUGGUGAACCCUGUGGUGGCAGCCGGGGGGAAGAAGCACAAGGGAAAGCACAAGAGCAAGGAGAAGUGUGAGGAGAAGCCGCCCAAGGAGGGAAAGGAGAGGGGGAGAGAUGUGGAGAAACACAAGGAGAAGAAGGAGAAACGCAGGUAAAGAGGUUCACUGCCAUGUUUUGUCCAGCUCCGCUCCAAGCUGUAGAGAAAUCUAGCACCCUCGUUAAAUAGGCAAAACAAGGCCCACUGGAAACAAGCAAACCAACAGUCAAAUGAACAGUCAUUCUUUUGUAUCUGUUAGCACUGUUGUUGAAUACACUAUGAAAGGGACUCACUUUUUGUUUCUCAUGGCUCUUGCAGAGACCGAUCAGACAGCUCCCACAAGGCCAAGCGGUCAGUGAUGUCUGAGGAACGUUCCGGCAGCGUGUCCUCUCCUUCCAGAGACCGAGAGGUGUCCCCAUCAGCCAGGAAGAUCAAGUCCACCUCCCCAAAAGCAGCCUCCCAGAAGACCCUUGCGCCUGGCUCCCCACCUCACAGGUCAGUAGUCUGUUGGACACUAGCAAGAUAACAACAUUGUCAUGCUAUAAGCAGCAAGAUGACAGUAUAUACAUCCACUUGCAGAAAUUGAGAAAUAUGCAGCAGGACCUGAACCUGACACUAUGGUCUAAAGAUGCCAUCUAUCCUAACACUAGCAUGUUCAGUAAUGUUAUUAGCAGGAUUCUAAUGAGUUGGUGUAGAUGGUAGACAGACUAGCAAGAUGGUCCACCAUGAAUAACCAUAACUCCUUGUCCUCUCCUGGUCUUCCAGGUCUCCCCCUCCCCGCCACAAGCGCACCCCCACCCCGCCCCGCCACCACUCCCCCUCCUCCCACUCUGGCUCCUCAGCCCAGAGACACUCUCCUUCCCCCCGCCGGCGCCGCUCGGCAUCCCCCGCCUACAACCGCGAGCCCCCAGCCGCCGCCUCACCUCCUGGCCAGAGGUGUGCCUCCCGCUCCCCUGCAGCCUCCCGGGACACCUCCUCUCCUCAGAGGAGGACUAGCCCUGGAGGACGAAACCACUCCCGGGGGCGUGAGAGAGGACGCAGCGAGAGGGGGAGGAGCCCACCUGCCCAGGAGCGCCGACACGAGCGCAGAGACGGUAUAGCAACUCAUUAACAUAAUAUACUGGCUGUUUUCUGUAUGUGGUCACCUUCUUUAAAUCAGUACUGCUUUUCUAUAUGUGUGGAUGUGUGUUUAUAUGAAAACAGUCUCUACAUUCUAUCAUUUGACUGGACACUGUAACAACACAAACCUGUGUUGUUGUCUCCCUCGUCCACGCAGAGAGCCGCGGGAAGCGAGAGAAAGACUGUAGCCGUGACGACCGGGACUACGAGGCGGCAGAGACCAGCUCUUCUCGUGAUGGCGCCCGUGAGGACCGGGAGACGAAAGAGGGGCGAGAGCGCCGGAGUGACGGGCGCAGCGACCGACGAGGAGACUCCACCGGUACCUCCAGGGACGCCACCAGGGAUAGAGACCGAGACACCAGGGACACCAAGGACUCUACCCGGGAACCCAGAACCACAGAGACCACGUCAGCACGCUCCGGACGAGACUCUCUGGAAUACAGGGACCGGGAGAGGGAGAGGGAGAGGGAGAGAGGAGAGAGGGAGAAGACAGACAGGGACAGGAAGGAGGAGGCUGUCCCGGAGGAGGGGAGGAGCUAUGGGAGGGGCCACGGGCGAGAGGAAGGGGGGAGGACUGACGGGAGGACUGACGGGAGGGGGGAGACGAGGACAGAGAGUAGAGCUGAGAGACCUGGCAGGGGGAGGGGCCGCGAGGCUGAUGGAUCUGACAAAGGUGAGGUCACACAUGACAUCACACAUCUUAUAACCAGCAAAAUAUACUAAUGGCCAGUUGUAGUAACAGUUCAUAAUGUGUUUGUUGUUGUGGUGUCUUUGGAAGUGAGGGAGUUUGAUUAAGCUGAACCGCGGUGCACCAGUCUAUAGCUGAGGGAGGAGCGCCCUUCUCAAAUCAAACAGUAAUCUGCGCCGCUCUGCCAUGUUGUCAACUCUGACCUUCCUCCCUCGGGUUCCUCAGGCUCCACCCGGAACUCUCGAGGCUCCCAGUUGGAGAGUGGUGGCCAGGACAGUUGGGAGUCACGAAGCGGCGGAGGCUUCCGUGAGAAGAGUGCAGAGAGGAGCACCGACCGUGGCGCGGAGAGAGGAGGAGGCGCCGAAAGAGGAGGAGCGGAGCGGGACCGUUAUGACGGAGAUAGGAGAGGAGGGGAGCAGGCCACUGGGAGAGACUCAUCCUACGACCGUAGAGGUGGUCACACCGACCGUGGUGACCGCAGAGAGAACCGGGAGAGAGGUGAGGAGAGGUCUUGGCUAUAUCUCAAUUAGUAUUUCCUCGUAUCCUAAAAAUAAAUAUUACAUUGCAUGUAUAAUGCGCUUUUCAUUGAAAAACAAUCUCAAAAGUUCUACAGUGAGUGCAUUAAAAAACAAGUGAGACGUAGAGAAAAAUAACCCCACUAGACAGGGCAACUGACGAAGUACACAGCUGACUCUACAAGGGGCAAGGACAACCAGGAACACAGCUAUAUGUAACAGAAAGCCUUCCUAAAGCAUCCUGUCUCCUCCUCAAUCGUACUGGAGAAGAAGAUCCAAGGUCCCUCAGGCCAUCUUUAAUGCGUUUUGAAAGAUUCCUUGAGAACGAGCCCUUGGUGCUGGAUGUUGUGACUGACUGGCUGUUUUCUCUGUUUCUAACAGACCAAAGAGCGUCCUCUCCUGGUCGGCACCCAGCCAGAGGAGAAGAGCCAGAGAGGGAGGAGACCAGAGGGAGGGAUGAACGCAGAGGAGAGGAAAAAGGAGGGGGGGACAGACGAGAGGACAGGGGCCGAGAGAGGGAGCGAGAGAGGGAACGGGAAAGAGAGAGGGAGAGGGAAAGAGAGAAGGAAAAGGAGAGAGAGAGGGAAAAGGAGAAGGAGGCAGAGCGGGAGAGGGUCCGGGAGAGGGAGCGAGAACGGGAGAGAGAACGGGAAAAGGAGAGAGAGAGGGAAAAGGAGAAAGAGAGGGAAAAGGAGAGAGAGAGGGAACGGGAGAGGGAGGAGAGGGAGCGGGAAAGGGAGGAGCGAGAGAGGGAGAGGAAGGAGAGAGAGCGGGAGAGGGAACGAGAGCGGGAGAGGGAGCGUGAGCAGAGAGAGAGGGAGAGACAGCGGGAAUGGGAGGAGCGAGAGAAAGGAAGGGAGGAGCGACGUGAACGGACUAGGGAUGAACCAAGGGACGACCGCUCUGUCCGAGACUCGCACGAAGACCGCAAGACCAGGCAAGUAUCAGUAGUAACCACCAGGGUUGGGGUCAGUUCCAUUUCAAUUCCAGGUAACCACUAACCCAUGACUCAUAACUAGAAUCACUCCAUCAUUUCCUUCUGUUUCUUUCCUACUUAACACAACCCAACUGACCUCGAACCCCUCUUCUCUGUGUGUGUCCUCUGUAGCCGGAAGAGGCACAGGGUAGAGACCACACCCAGCCCGACUCGCCCCUCCCCCAAGCGAGCAAGGGACGUCACCCCAGGAGACAGCGACGGAUACAACAGCGCUGAGGAGAAAAGUGAGCGUUUGAUUGGUGGAGGCCAGCCCAAGCUCCGCCCCACCUCUGGCCCUGGCCCAAUCACCAUCCUCCCCAUCACAGUACCAGUGUGUCUUCCUCCUCCUCCAGUUCUUGACAGUAGGGACACUCUUUAAUGGGAAAAACAAACAGCACUGGUUCUGUCUGGAGGAAACUAGUCCCGUAUGGAUUAACACCUCCCCAAAGGGUGCCUUGGCCUGAUCACUUCAAUAUCCCUCCACGUGAGCCCAGGGCACACUCAGUAAUGAUGAUAAUACAGUUUAAUUGUUGAGCACAUUUCAUACAGACAGACUGUAACUCAGUGCUGUACAUGGAAGUAGCAGCCGGUGUUUGAUUUGUUAUUAGAGGGCGAUCAGAGAUCUUUGAGAACGAGCCAAGGCGCCCUUUAAGAUAAAAAGGUGUUUUGUUGUUUCUUUGACAUUUGUUGACGUUUCCACGGUGUUGAUAAACCUUGGUAUCACGCUUACAGAAACCCUUUGCUUCCUUGUGUGUGUUCAGGUGUUGAGAAACACCGGCUGUUGAGUCAGGUGGUACUCCCGCCCCAGGACUCCCUCCUGCGUUCCCCCCCCAGCGCCCCUGUAGCGGAGGACCCCAAGCCCAGCCGCUGGAAGGACGAGGAGCGCCGUGGAGGCGGGGACAAGAGGGAGGGGAGGAGCCGGCGGAAGGAGGAGGCUGACGCCCGCGGAGACAGAGGAGGAGCAGGCAGAGGAGAGGAGAGACGUGGGGAGCAGCCCUCAGAUAGCAGUACCCCUGUCUCUGCCUCCGGCUCGGACUCUAGGAGAGGUAAAGAGAGGGACGCUCGGGACCCCACCCCUCCCCCGCCGCCCGUGGCCCUGGUCACUGAGGACAGAGACCGAGAUGCUCCAGUCCCAUCAGGUCAUGAGGGCAAGAAGAAGACCAAGUCCCAGAAGAAAGGCCUGAAGAAGGGGAGGAAGGAGGAGGAGGUGGCAGGAGGUGUUUCAGGAGCUCCAGAGAGGUUCACCAACCCAGAGCCCCCCUCGGACGGCCCCCCGCCCCCUCUCCUCUCCCCCCGCAAGGCGCCUAAGAAGAAGGCACUGGACAAGAAGAGGAAACGCUCCCGUGGCGCAGAGUCGGAUGCGUCGGAGGAGGAACCAGGCUCCUCCCAUCUUCCCCCCGGCAAGAGGAACAAGAGGGGUCCCCGGACGCCCCCGCCCGCGCCCAAGGAGGCUCUGCUAUCCCAGAGGGCCGUGCCACAUCCUGGCACAGAGCCCUUGCCACAGCCCGUGAAAAUGGACGCCAACUUCAGCGACUGGUCUGACGAGGAUGUGCUGGAGCGCGGCAGUGAAUCAGCGGCCGCGAAGGCACCCCCCACAAUCCCCACUGAGAGGACUCCGACCGAAGCUCUUCCCAGGAGAGGAGGUCCGAGGGGGGGCAAGGAGAGGGAGAGGCCUGUUCCCCCGCCCAUCGCCCCUCUGCUGUCCCAGGACCCUCCCAUGCUACUCCAGACCCUGCCCCCCCAGCCCCUCAUGUCCCAGCCCCUGCUGAGGAAGCCUCCUCCGGAGCAGAAGAGGAGCAGCAGUAUGGGAAGCAACCAGAGCAGGGCCUCAUCCAGACGUCUCCGCUCUCCCUCCAACGAGUCAGCCCACAGAGAGGACCAUCAGCAGGGCCAAGGACCAGGCCGACCCAGGAGAGGACGCCAGCUCCAGGGGGGCAACUCCCGAGACCGGGAACGAGAAAGGGAGAGAGACAGGGAAAGAGAGCGGGAGCGUGGUGAGAGAGAGAGGGGACCAGUGGCCACAGAGCCACCGGCGGCGAGGGGAGAGGAGCGGAAGUCCCGCAUCGACCAGCUGAGGAGAGGAGAGCCCAGUCGCAGCACCUCCUCAGGUACGGAGACACACGUACUAUUAACAGUUUUUGUCGAGCAAACAGUGAGUUCCCUUACUAACACACCAGAGUUUGAUUUGAUUGAUAUUAUAUCUCUUAUAUUCCAUUUGUGGUGGAUUUCCUUCCCCAGACCGGCAGGAAUCUCGCAGCCACAGCUCCAGACGUAGCUCCCCAGAGUCCGAGCGGCAGGUGCAGUCCCGGGCCGGGUCCUACGACGGCCGAGAGCGCGAGAGGGAGAGGGAGAGGGAGCGGGAACAGUUUGAGAGGGAGCGUGAGCGCAAGGACCUCCGACAGCAACAACAACAGGGGCCUCCGGGGCCACUACCUCCUCUCCAGCAGCAGGGGCAGCAGAGAGACUGGGAGCCUGAGGGGCCACGGGAGUGGGGUGGGAGGGGCCGUGAACCCCUCAUGCGUGGAGGCAACAGAGAGCCAAUGAGAGAGCGUGAUCUCCGUGACAUGCGGGGUGAGCGAGAGCGGCUUCUGCCCGAGGGGCUCCUGCAGCAGCACGAACGGGAGCGGGACAGGGAGCGCGGCGGCAACAGGGGCGGUGGCCGCGGUGGCGACCAUGGCAACGACCGGGAGCGGGAGAGGAUGCUGCUGAUGGACCUGCCGCCACAUGGGGACCCCAAGAACAGGAUGGACAUGAGGGGAGACAAUAUGAGACCAGACAUGAGACCAGACAUGAGGGGAGACAUGAGGGGGAGACAGACCAGAUUUAAGAGGAGACAUGCGAGGGGAUAUGAGACC